CCUUUUGUUUGUUAGAGAGAGGAUCUUUCUUUUCAAGUGGAAAAGGUUAUAAAGAUCAAAAAUACUUUAAUGCAAAAAAAACAUCCAUUCACAUGAUCAUUUGUUAACAUCAUCAAAUUUAUAGUUUUAGACUGAGAUUUCAGAGCACUUUUCUUUCUUCUUAGCAGGUUUCAAAGCCACCUCUUCUUGUCUUCUCUCUCUGCCCACCAAACCCAUUAAAAAAUUAGUAUAAGAAUAUUUGGUAUUGUAUUUGUACCUCCUUUGUUAGCUCCGUAGAUCAUCGCAGCAGUGAUUUUAUUGUUUAGAAGCUUUGUUAUUGUGAUUUUGUUUUUAUUUGUUUAAAUCCUUCGAGAUCUUCGUUUUUCCACCUUUUGACAUAUAGAAUAGGAAGUCAUAAAAAGACUAGCUUUUUAUAUAUAUUUCUUGUUGAACUCUCCUCUUUUUGUUCUUGAUCUUCAAGGGUUCGUUGUUUUGAGUUUUUCUUGUGCUUACCCUUUAAACCCUUUUUGAUUUUAGUUUAUAAAUUCGGAGUUUUUUCAUUAUGAUUUGCACUGUUAAGCAAUCUGCUUUAUUACCAACGAUCAAUGGAUCUGAAACCAUUUUUCGCCGAAAAAACCCGUUCACAACACAGAGAUCUUUGUUUUUGCCUUCUCUUCCAGCAAAGAAGAGCCCAAAAACUGUUCUUGCUGUGUCAAAACCUUUACAUGUCUCUUCAAUUGAAUCUUUUGCACUACCAAAACCCCAGAAGGAAUCGUUGAUCACAUGUAAGGCCUAUGAGGCAGACCGAUCGCAGCCAAUAGAUGCAGCGGAGACGAAAUCAGAGGCUGCGAGGAAGGUCAAAAUUGGAAUUUACUUUGCAACAUGGUGGGCUUUGAAUGUUGUGUUCAAUAUUUACAACAAGAAGGUGUUGAAUGCGUUUCCCUUUCCAUGGUUGACCUCUACGCUUUCUCUUGCUUGUGGAUCUCUUAUCAUGCUUGUAUCUUGGGCAACAAGGAUUGCUGAGGCACCUAAGACUGAUUUUGAGUUUUGGAAGACUUUAUUCCCUGUUGCUGUGGCACAUACAAUUGGGCAUGUAGCUGCAACGGUGAGCAUGUCAAAAGUUGCUGUUUCAUUUACCCAUAUCAUCAAGAGUGGUGAACCAGCUUUCAGUGUCUUGGUCUCAAGGUUCAUCUUGGGUGAGAGCUUCCCUGCUGGGGUUUACAUGUCCCUAAUUCCAAUUAUUGGUGGUUGUGCACUUGCUGCUGUUACUGAACUCAACUUCAACAUGAUUGGUUUUAUGGGGGCUAUGAUCUCCAACUUGGCUUUUGUUUUCCGGAACAUAUUUUCAAAGAAAGGCAUGAAGGGGAAAUCUGUUAGCGGAAUGAACUACUAUGCUUGCCUCUCUAUGCUUUCUCUCUUGAUUCUUACACCUUUUGCUAUUGCUGUGGAGGGACCGCAGUUGUGGGCAGCAGGAUGGCAAACGGCGGUCUCACAGAUUGGACCACAUUUUGUAUGGUGGGUGGUGGCUCAAAGUGUGUUCUAUCAUCUAUACAAUCAAGUGUCAUACAUGUCCUUGGAUGAGAUCUCUCCCUUGACAUUUAGCAUUGGUAACACUAUGAAACGUAUAUCUGUCAUCGUCUCUUCUAUUAUCAUUUUCCACACCCCUGUCCGGCCAGUCAAUGCUCUUGGAGCCGCCAUUGCUAUUCUUGGAACCUUCUUGUAUUCCCAGGCUAAGCAGUGAUAACACGUCGGCACGAUUAAACAUUCAUCAUGUAACCUAAAUGAUGAGACAAAUUGUGUCAAGAACGAAGAAGGUUCGGCUUAAGGUUCGGCUUAGAAGUUGAAAGUUGCUGUCUUUUAGGAUGCGAUACUGCUGGUUUUUGGAUCGAUGAACCAGCCUUGUCUUUCUGUAGAUAUAAUAAACUACAUAACGAGCGGUACUGCUCGUAUAUAAGUCAUUAUUACUGAGUUUUUCUUAUUUUAGUGAGGCUGGGUAGAAAAUGUUCAAUAAAAACUUUGGACAAAUGUCCAAAUCUUGUCUGUUUCGACGACAAACUUGAAUAAAAUUUUGGUAUUGGUAUUGAAA